GGACCUCAUCAUAAAGUUCUUUCUUACCUGAAGUGCUCUAUAUGUUUUGAUGACAGUUCUUAAUGGCUGGCAUAGUGGAUGAAGGGUAGAUUCAAAAAGGGAGACAGGUUUCUCUGACUCCUGUGAAGACUGCUAUAAGGUAAUUGAGCCAUCAAUGUGCUGUGGUAGAAAUGCUACAGAGUAUUUGUGCCGAAUUUUUUACCUGACUUAAGCGUCUAUGCUCAUAGAUUGUUUAGUUUGGGUUUUUUCUUUGUUUUAAUUUAUUUUUUUUUGAUUGGAAGACUUGUCAGGAAAAUGAGCUCUAGGCUAAUAUGUGCACUGGAAUUAAGUCGGUCUUUGUGUAGAUCUGACAUCUUUGGUGUGUGCACAGUGGAUUAAGAGUUUGCGGCCACUUUGAUGAACAGAAGUGCGGGUUUUUAGCAUUGAUGGGGCACUGCAAGUUAGCGGUGUAAGUAACAUAUUCUGAUUUUGAUGUACCAGGUUUACUUGCCUAAUUCCCCACAUGAUGGAACAAAUCUUUUCUUGACCUGCACGGAUAUGUAGACCUUUUCAAGAUGGUUAAGAAUUGUGGUGAAGAACCAAGUGGAAAGACAAGAGGGACAUCCACUUCUGCUGGCAUCUGAUCUGUAUGUUUGAAACUAUGGUUUCCUGACAGAAGAGUGCGUUAUAUUUUUUUUACAGCAGAUCUUUGUUAAAUGUGCCGUCAGUGGUGGUUUUGGAAAGAUGAGAAUGGACCCACUGCAGGGCAGCUCAAUGAAGGUGAAAAUGUCUGCUGUUUCUGUUAUGUGUAUCCCUGUUACGAGGUUUUUUUUUGUGAUUUCUGAGCUUGGUGCUGUCAGCCUCAUGUGAACAAACUAAAACAAAAACCAAGCUGAUUUUUGGAAAACAAAAUGCCGCGGAAAAGGAAAACUGGUGGGAGCCCUUCUCUGAAGAAUGGCAGUUAUGACAGAACUGUUGCUGUAUACCAAGGGGACCCAAGCUUUUCACUGUCACAAGCUGUGCAUAGUGUCAAUAAGGAAAAGCUCCUGAACAGCAUGUCAGAGAUGUUUUCUGACCUAGAUCCUACUGUGGUUUAUAUGGUUCUGUCUGAAUGUGAUUUUAAAGUAGAGAAUGCUAUGGAUUAUCUGCUAGAGCUGUCCACUCAUGCUGAAGGAGUAGGAUCUUCAAAAACAUUGGGUUUUGAUACAGUAGCACCAUCGCUAGCUCUUGUUAAUCAGCAAAGAUCUGUUGCAAAUGAAAGAAGGUGGGAAAGUACUGCAGAACGAAUUAAUUCUGAAGAAGGGAUGGAAGAGGUCCUAUCGAAUGAUGUGCGGCUCACUGAAGAACUGGAUUCCUUAAUAGAAAAUGCUUUUCAGAGAUACAGCUUGAGUGAUGAAUUGCCCAAUUCUGCAAAGGACCAAAUAGUACAUAAGCGUUCUGUGGAACGCGAUGGCUUUAACGAAUUUCCUGAGUGGGAAAAAUCUUUUUCAGGUUGCAGUCUUCUACUUUUUCCACAGCAAACAGGGACAAAUAAUGAAGUUUUAGAAAACUUCUGCUGUUCUCAGCCGCCAGUGAGUCAGCUAAGUGUCCAUACGGGCUUACCAGCUGCAUCUGACGCUUCUGCACAAAUACAGGGAGAUUCCGAUUUGUCAGAAAUACAUGCUCAGCAUGAUGUGGCUUCAGAAGUCUAUAAACAACCCAAUGGAGAAGUACCUUGUGGAAAUUCUGAUCAGACACAAGAUACUGUUUUGGAUCAGAAAAGUGUGACUGCUGCUUCUGGUGAGUCCUCCCAAAGACCUCUGGAACUUGAAGUAGCUGUCACUGGAAAUCCUAAUUCAAGAUGCCUGGAACAGCAGGGUUAUAACUUAAACUUUUCCCCACUGUCAUGUCAACCUCAACAACACUGGAAUCUCAUGGCUCCUGUGUUUUAUCCAUCCAGUGGAAGUCACAGCUUUGUAACUCCUGUGGCUGUCAGUCCAGGGCAGUGGAGACCUGUUUCAGAUUAUAGGACUUCAGAAAAAGAACAUUAUUUUUCUUCUCCAGUGGUUUCAAAUGCCUGGGAUAGCAGCCCUUCUCUGAAGCUACAGGACAAUCAAGAUAGAAACUCCAAAUUGAACCUCUCACAAGCACAGCAGUCACCUGUUUGUCACAUGAUGAGAAAAAGGAUGCACCUUAUAGGUCAAGUACUUGUUCUUCUCAGAGGUGUUCCAGGAUCAGGAAAAUCAUAUUUGGCAAGGACUUUGCUUGAGGAUAACCCAGGUGGAAUCAUUCUUAGUACUGAUGAUUACUUUUAUAAACACGGACAAUACCAAUUUGAUCCCAAUUGCUUAGGGGAAGCACAUGACUGGAACAGGAAACGAGCCAAAGAAGCAUUUGAAAUGAGAAUCUCUCCCAUAAUAAUAGACAACACAAACAUACAAGCAUGGGAGAUGAAGCCUUAUGUUACUUUGGCUCAGCAGUUCAAAUACAAAGUUGUGUUCCGAGAACCAGGCACAUGGUGGAAGUUUAAACCCAAAGAACUUGAAAGGCGAAACAUUCAUGGUGUCUCUAAAGAAAAGAUCAAAAGAAUGUUGGAGCGAUAUGAACACUGCCUUACUGUUAGUUCAGUAUUGGAUUCUUCAGUCCCAGACAAAGCAGAAGCUGCUGGCUGGAGUGAAGAUCCUUGUCAGGAGGAAAGCCAUAGGACAUUACAUUCUGAUGUAAAGGAAGAACCUUUCGCUUCUGAUCUGGGGCCUCUUGAAUUAGCUGAAGAUGAUAGAACUUUUCCCAGUACUUCUCUAACAUUAGAAAGUAACCAUGAUCCUGAGCAUCUUCAGAAAGAGGAAAAAGAAAUUGAAAAUAGCUCAGUGGAACGCAAUCGUGGGGACAGCACUGUUCAAGAUGACUUGGAUGUUUGUUUGUCAGAUCAUGUAGAAAAAGAACUGCCCUUGGAGAAGAAAGAGGAAAAGGGAGAAAAACUAGGAAAAAAUGCUGAAACAGAAAAGAAUGAGAUUGAUGUGACCACAACUGAAGUUACUCUGUGCUUGCAUACAGAAGGAGUUGAGGAGCACAGCGAUAACAACAUUCUCAAAGUUCAAACUGAAGUUGAACAAUCUGGCCAAAUAUGUACAGAACCAAAAUCAACAGAAAGUAGUAACACAACAGAACCAAGCAGUUCGGCUUUUGACAUGUCAGGAAAACCAGAACUACUGAACUUUCUGGGUGACUGGCCUGUAGAACAAACAAUGGGACAGAGAGUCAAAAGAGCUAGAAGACUAGAAAAAUCUUUUCUAAAGAGUGAUAAAGAAGUUAAAACUCCCAGUCAACAGAAUCCUGAGUUAGGUGAAGAGCAAGCAGGCCUGCCUGGGACCCAUACUGUUGAAAAAGGACAUGAGGAAGAAAACCUAGCCUCUAGCUGUUUCUCUGUUAAUUCAGAUAAAGUUACACCUCAAUUGCAAAUGAUAGGACAUUGGCCUGUCACGGGCUCAUUAGAACAGAGACAACAAAGGUCAAGGAGAAUGAGAAAGACAAAUCUAAAUCAGUCCGAUGAACACAGAAAUGCUGAAGGUGACAUUAACAGAAACGCUCUUGAGACUGUAGAUGUGCUUCAUGGGACACCUGUGAACGCCACAGAGCAACCGGAUACAGAGACUCUGCAAGCGCACCAACCUGAAACAGAGGCUAGUGAAACAGUGGGUGAGAGAAAACCACAGCAAAAUAAGAGAAUGAGGAAACACCACAAAUUGGCCCUCACUUUUACAAAUAACAGUUUGCCCCAUCCAAGAGAAGAGGAAUGUUUGUCAACACUUAAUGUAGAAGAAGAGAAACAGGAUGCAUGCUUGUGUAGGCAAAAAAGUAGCCAUUCACAGACUGAAUCACAGGACUUUGCUCUCCUGUGGAGGUUAGAAAAGAAAAUGCUUUUUCCAGAGACUACCAGAGUAUUGCAUGGCAGACUAGAUGGCUUCAAACCCAAAGAUGUAGGUAAUGUUUCAGAUUCUCAGGAAAAAAUUCCCUAUCGAGUUAUGUAUGAUAAAAGUACGUUUGUGGAAGAAAGUGAACUUAUCAGUAUUGAUGAGUCUGAAAAGCUGAAUAUGCUGUGUAAGCUCUUUGAUUCUGUUUCAUUUGAAGCUGUGAAAGAUCUGUAUGAAAGAUGUAACAAAGACAUAGACUGGGCCACAGGUCUGCUCUUAGACUCUGAUGAAAAGUUAUGCAAAGAUGUUGGCACUGAAUGCUUUCAAGUAAGAGAAGCUGAGCCAGUUGUUGCAGACCUUGAUUUCAAGGCAAGUACAAACUACGGUGAGAAUCUCAAGGACUGUGAACAAAUGUCACAAAUAAUUGGGGCUGGUGAUAUCUCUAACCCCUCAGAAGAUAAGAACUCAUCACUCAGCAUUGCAGAAAGUCAGGCUGCCAAGGCAACUGUGACGGAUGUUGAUGUGUCUGAUGCAUUGACUGCUACCUCACUGAAGGAUUCAUCAGAACUGAAGAACUGUGGAGAUGCAGCCCCUGGAACUGAUGUAGGCAGCUCAGCAGCAGGUAUCUUUGAGCCGUUCGUUUCAGGAAAGCAGAAGGUAGAAGCUGAGAGUCCUGUUGAAGAACCUAUAAAUAAGCCAUUAGAGCCAUUAGUCUCACAACCUGAUGCAGGUUUCAGUGUACCCAUGACUCUGCCUCAUGGUCCUAACACAGCUUCUACCAAUUUGAAAUUUGAACUAAAUAACGAGAGUGACAGUAACCCUUCGGAAUGCAAUGCAGAAAAUUCCAAAGUGAUGACUUCGUUACUAGAAGUGGAUCAUGCACCUCUGUUUGGUCCUAAGAAUGAUGAAGAACUGGAAACCCACGGGAGUUUCAGAGAGAUACAUGGUAGAGAAGAAAUUGAAACUCCAAGCAGGGAUGAAGCCAAAGCCAAGAUACAAAGUCCUAUACCAGCAUCACAUGCAGCCUUCAAUAUAGAUUGCCUAGAACUAACAUUACCUCCUGAACUGGCACUCCAAUUGAAAGAAAUAUUUGGGCCUGUUGGCAUUGAUGCAGGAUCACUAACUCUUGAGGAUUGUGUGGUUCAUAUUGAUCUGAAUUUGGCCAAAGUGAUUCAUGAGAAAUGGAAAGAAUCUGUUCUGAAGCGUCGGAGGAGAGAUGAAUCAUGUAAGUUGUCUGCAGAAGGUCCUACUGUGAUUCAGCAGAUAGAUACAGAUGACUCAGAAAUGCUGUUAUCUCAGACUGCAGACAGUAAAAUACAGAAAAAAAAAAUGAGCUGGGUAUCUGGCUCAUCUAACAACAUACAGACUAAAAACCCAGCAACAUCAGACGUUUUCCCUUUUAUGGAUCACUGGAAUACUCAGAUUCAGAAAGUUUCUCUCAGACAAAUAAUUUCCGAAGAAAUAGCUAUUCAGGAGAAACAGGAUCUGAAUCGUGUUCCUUGUAUGGCUAGAAAAGACUGUGCUGCUAAACUAAAGGAGAAGCAACUUUUUGAGAUGUUUCCAACUAUUAGUCAAGAUUUUUUAAUGGAUAUCUUCAAGGACAAUAACUACUCUUUAGACCAAACCGAACAGUUUCUGAACUGUGUUCUGGAGGCAGAUCCUGUAAAAACAGUUAUAGCUCAAGAAAGUGUUCAGCAAAGUGAAAUGGUUUCAUCCUGCAGUGCUGCAAAGAACUGGGAGAAGAAGGCAAAAAAAAGUAAGGAAGAGGAUGAACCUUUGAGUGAAAUACUUCAAAAAAUUGAGUAUCCACAAUAUGAUGAUUUAAGAGCAGAAGCUUUUUGUCACCAGCAAAAGAGACAGGAGUGUUUGAAAAAGGCUGGGGAGGCCCAUUGCAUUGGUAUGAAGUCUGUGGCAGCAUUUUACGCUCAUCAGGGUCGCCUUCAUGAGCAGAAGAUGAAAGAAGCCAACCAUGCAGCUGCUGUGCAAAUCUUUGAGAAAGUAAAUACUUCCUUGCUGCCUAUGAAUGUGUUGGAUCUGCAUGGUCUCCAUGUGGAUGAAGCAGUGAAUCAGUUGUCCAGAGUGCUGCAGGAAAAAAGUGAAGAGUACCAGCAGACUGGUGGUAAACCGUAUCUCUGUGUUAUCACGGGAAGAGGAAGCCAUAGUCAGGGAGGAGUUGCUCGCAUCAGACCAGCAGCUAUGAGAUACCUCACGAGCCACAACUUCAGGUUCACUGAAAUAAAACCAGGCUGCCUGAAAGUCAUGCUGAAUUGAAGGAUUGUCGAGAAGAGGAAUACAGAAACUGAGGUGCUGGAUCACAGCUAAAAACUUUUUGAACAACCGCAAUAGUAUUUUGUAAUCUGUUUUAAAGGAUGAUAUUUUAUUAGAAAUGGUCUCAAUUUACAGCAAGUGUUUUUGUCAGCGUGUUUCCAAGAAAUUUUUUGUGUGGAAUGGGUGCUUUUUUGAACCUGCAAAAAGAAGACACAGGAUUUGGAGUCUCAGAAAUGCAGAUUAAGAAUUCUCCUGAGCAGUAUAUGAUGUUUUAAAGGGAAGUUAAGGUACAAUUUUUAAAUAUAACUGUCUUCUCAGUAUACCCAGGCUGUGUCGUCUGACCCUCACACAUUUUAACUGCUGUAGAUUCUAUACUUUUACAACAUAGUACUUUACAUGAAGUUAUUUUGUGAUUCAGAGCUUUGUGCUAAACCCUUGAGAAGAGCACGGGGGAGAUGGGAACAGGGCAACUACUGAUAUUUCAAAUCCAGUUACAGCUGAGUGCUAAAUAUUUCCAGGUUUAUUCAAAAGUCUCAUGACUUUUUAGUGAUGGGUUGACCAGUUCUGUUGUCCUUUUUCCAUUUUAAACUUCUCCAGAUACUGAUGGAUGUUGCAUAUAAAGAACUGUGCAUUAAGACCAGCUGGGAGUUUGGUAAUUUUGCAGACUUACUGUGAUCUAUUAAAUGGAAAAGUACAACACUGUAGUUCAAUCUCUACUUACCCAUAGCUAAUACUGUAAUUUUACAGUAUUUAUGCAGGAGAUGUCCUUAACUUUUUUCAACAUCUACUGGACUAAAACCAUAUUUUCCUUUAUGGUUUUUUAAGUGGAGCAAAUUGAGUACUGUUUCACUUUACAGGUGUCUAAUAGUGACGUGUCUUCAUUCUGUGUGUAUUUAAUUUGGUGAUUUCCUUGUAGAAAAUAUGAUUGUCUGUGAGACAUUUUAAAUGUAUUUUUAACAUCAAAGUGAAUGCUAAUACUACAGUAGUAAUUGCCUAACCAGAAAGUCUGGGAAUACAAAAGUUAUUCUAUUGGUGGUGGUGUUGCAUCAGCAUCUAGAAAUACCUGUGUAAAAAAGCAAAACAACAGAAAACCCCAAACACUCCCCCCCAUUUAAAUAUAAACAUCAGUAUUGUGGCAAGUGUUUCCAGUAAGCAAUCAAAAACUUUUUAAGUAGAAAUAUCUUCUAGCAUGCAUUACUGUUUUUAUUUGUCUUUGCCUCUUGAAAGGCAUACAGAUUAUUGUUGUAAGGCUUUUUCAGAAACAGGUAUGGGUUGUGUAUUAGAAGCAGUAUUAAUAGGUUAAGGAUUAAGGGGAGGGUUUAUUCAUUUAAAACCACUUUUGCAAUAAUCUUUAUCCAGGAACUACAUGCAUACAGAAUUUGUGUAUAAAUCCAUGUAUGUGUGCAAGUUCUGCCAUUUGUGUGCAUGAGGAGUAAUAAGCAAGGAGCUUCUGUGCACGGAAAUAGGUUUCACUUGAAAAUGUGUCUGUGUAAGUUGCUGACAAACUGAAACAUAUGUUUCCUAAAUAUCUGUAUUUACUGUAAUAUAUACACAGUGAAUGCAACAUACAC